AUAGGCCAGUCAAUUCGGUCCUCCAGACGCACCAGCGCACGAGAUACCCAAGGUGAUUGUGUGCGCGACCGCGCAGUACUAUCGCGUGCCCCAGUAACAUAAUAAAGAAAUUGCAUCUUUUAGUGAUCAAAAGACACGAGGAAAGGUGGUUUACUACCGAAUUCACGCCAAUGGCCAUAUAAUCAAAGUUUACCACGGAAGGCAAUGACGGCGGAAGCUGUUGUAUGCGGUGCGCUUUGAAAGAGCUGCUGGUCAACACAUCACCUGUGGUAACUGACCCCUCCAACUGGAAGAAUGAGCUCCUGCCCCCUCGUGUCCCGUGAUUCAAUCGACAUCCUGGAGGAGCUGCAGCUUAUUGCAGCCCAGAACCUGGAGAAACUGGACAUCAAUAAGUACUAUGAGGUUAUCAGAGAACUGGGCAAGGGCACCUAUGGCAAGGUGGAUCUAGUUGUCCACAAGAUCCGAGGCACCAAGAUGGCCUUGAAGUUCUUGCGGAAGAAGACGACAAAGCUGAAGAGCUUCCUGAGGGAGUACAGCAUCUCUCUCUAUCUUUCACCAUGCCCCUUCAUCAUCAACAUGUAUGGCGUUGCCUUUGAGACAGACGAGUACUAUAUCUUUGCCCAAGAAUAUGCGCUAGCUGGAGACCUCUUUGAUAUCAUUCCCCCACAGGUGGGGCUCCCGGAGAGUGUGGCCAAGCGCUGUGUGCACCAGGUGGCCAUCGCCUUGGACUACCUGCAUGGCAAGAAGCUGGUGCACCGUGAUAUCAAGCCCGAGAACAUCCUCAUCUUCGACCGGGAGUGUCGCAAGGUGAAGCUGUCCGACUUUGGAAUGACACGGAGGGCUGGCUCGCCAGUGAAACGUGUGAGCGGCACCAUCCCGUACACGGCACCCGAGCUGUGCGAUGCAGGGCGGCAGGAGGGCUUCUGCGUGGACUACAGCACAGACGUGUGGGCCUUCGGCGUGCUGCUCUUCUGCAUGCUCACAGGAAACUUCCCAUGGGAGAAAGCUAUGCCGUGUGACACCUUCUACGAGGAAUUUGUGCGCUGGCAGCAGCGGCGGCGACGGUUGGGUGCUGUGCCGUCUCAGUGGCGUCGCUUCACCGGCGAGGCGCUGCGCAUGUUCCGCCGCUUGCUGGCCAUCGCCCCAGAGCGCCGCUGCUCCGUCAAGGACGUGUUUGGUUACUUUGGUCACUGCUGGAUGCUGGAUACCGAGAAUGGCAAUGCGGCUGUGUCACCUGGAGCCGCCACCAACACCAAUGGUGGUGCAGUGGUCAACGGGCACCUGGCCGAGCUCAGCUCCUCUUCUUCAGAAGAGGACGAGCUGGCGGACCGCCUGAAGCAGCAGAGCCUGUCGCCUGGGUGUGCUGGCACCAAGAACGGCAUUGUUAUGGAGCCUGUGGCAGCACACUAUUCUACCAUGUCCACAAAUGGCUCUCCCUCCUCCACCAGUGGCUAUGAGCGUGUUGCUCGUGACAGCAACGGCAAUGGUGGUCGCAUCCUGGUGGCCACACCUAUUGAAAUCUGCGUGUAGAGGAGAGAGGAGCCGAUGCACUUUAGAUGUACUCACACACUGAGAACGAGCGGGCCAGACAGAGCACUCGAGUCCUCAAAUGGAGGAACCGUAAGCAGGAAAUGUUCUGUAGCCCAUGAUGAGUGCAGGACACUGUGAAAGCAUUCUACAGAGGGUUCCAGGCAGAGUUCCCUUGUUGUUUUUGUAAUUGUUCCUUAUGAUGAAGAUCUCUGAGGGAACGACCUGGGUGGAAGACAAUCCCGUCCCACUGACUGUAUAGCUGAGGAUUUGUACCACAUAUUUCCACAUGUAAUCAGUCUACCAUGGUGCAAAAAAAGGUGUUCUUUUCUGGUGAAAAAUCAUCAGAUCAUCAUAAAGCAAUAUGUUAAAUAUUUUGCAAAAAAGUGGUCAAAAUAGAUCAGAAACAAAAACUAGAAUGUGGAAGAGACUGAUCUCAAAACUGACUGAAAAUCUGAUUUUUGGAAGUGGUACUUUUCUGUUCAGUGGGUUAAUACUAAAAAUGUAGUUUCUCUUUGUUAUUUUGUUGCAUUAUUUAUUUUGGUCCUGUACUUUUGACAUUUUGCUAUUUAUUUUAUAAUGUAGCAUUAUGGAGUUAUAAUAAUACCCAGUUGCUUUUGCAGUGAGUUGCAUUGUAAAAACUGUUUACUUCCUCUAAACCAAAACUUUGUAGAUCAGAACAUCACCAAGACCUCAUCUUAAUGUCUUUGAAGAGUAGAUGCAUGUCACUAUCUCUGUGUUGCAGUGUGGUGCAUUUGUGAGUCAGCAGAUUUUGUUUUCAAUUGGUCUUCUCACGGUGAGCAAGGUUUGGGCUGCAUGGGUGAUGUCGAUGUGAUCACAGUGCACACACAUGCCUGUUGUCACCCCGCGCACACAGAGGGUUUAGACCAUUUAAAAAUAGAGCUGUGUUCCCCAACCAAGUGAUUCAGAAACAGUGGUACCAUUGUGCUUCAGAACCACUUGAUUAUGGUUUGAGAAGUAGUAGAAUGCUGUCACUUGACUGUUUUUUGAGUAAAGAUGGAACAUUCCGAAUGGAUCCUGCUGACUUGAAGGUGUUUUUAUGGAUUUCUCAGGUAUAUGAAAGGCCUAUACUGUGUAAUAUCUCCAAACAACCAAGUUUGAGUCUUGUAAUUUAAAGAGAAUGAAGGACUGCAGAUUAUCUGUUAUAGGUUACUGAAAUGCAUACUAAGACAAAAGGACAGAGACCGAUAACGCAUGAAAGUGCUGCGUUGUUUAUAAUUCCAAGGUUCUAAUUAAAAAUAAUAAAAAGGUUAACAAAAGAAGCAAAAUCACACUUAGAACUCAAACUGAUAGCUGUUAUUACUCACAGCAGGCAAUUCAUUUGGUUCUAAAGCUAGAUAUAAAAAGAUCUGAAGGUUCCAGUUGACACUCCAUAUCAUCUGCCUAAUUUUGACUGAAUUACACAGCUUUUUAAAACACUAAUAAUCUAAAACAAGAUUUAUUUUAAUGGAAGAUCUAAUUCAUAUACAAACCUUGACUUCUGCUAUGUCAUGAUUUGAACAGAGAUUUUUUUAUAGCAUGGUUUUAGACUCUUGGUUUAGGGCUUUGAAUGAGUUUAUGUUCUCUGUUUUGAUAAAGACAGUAGCAGUGUUUUUUAAAUCAAGUUCAGAGAUUGGCAACAAAUAUUUGUCAAAAGGGGACAUUUUUGAAAUCGCAUGGAUAUAAAACCUAUGUGAAAGGGGAUUUUAACUGUGCUACAUUUUAGAUUUGUGAGAAUAAUUGUUGUGAUAUUUUGCUGUAGCACAAGUUUGCCUAGAUUGAUCUAUUGAUGGAAUUGAAAAUGAGCUAAAUUAAAAAAAAACUAGGAUUUCUCUUAUGCUCUCUGUGCUAUAGGCCUACAUGCAUCCUAAAUCAAAGUUACAGAGUGUUAGAUAACAAUUUCUUGGCCAUGUUGUGCCCUCAGACUGUUGUUGAACCUCAGUAAAUUCAACUAUCUUGCACAGAAAAUCUGUUUUUUGUUCUGAAAAAAGAAAAUAUUGCCAAACAUUAUCCUCCACAAAAUUGUUGAAAUUGUGUAUUGUGACUUCCAGAAAUAUUUGCAUGUUUUAAUAUUGUUCUGGAAAGACCUUGUGGAAAUAAAUACAUAUGCUAUA